AUGGGUCAAACUUUGUCAGAGCCAGUCGUCGAGAAGACUUCCUCUGAAGGCGAAGAUGAAUGCUGUGUGUAUGGGGUCUCCGCCAUGCAAGGCUGGCGGAUCAGCAUGGAGGAUGCCCAUGCUGCCGUCCUAGACCUCUAUGCGAAAUAUACAACUCCUAAGGACACACCCUCCGAACCCGAUAAACGUCUCGCUUUCUUUGGUGUAUAUGAUGGGCAUGGUGGGGACAAAGUGGCUUUGUUUGCGGGGGAGAACCUGCACAAGAUUGUCGCGAAGCAGGAUUCGUUCGCAAAGGGCGAUAUCGAACAAGCCUUAAAGGACGGCUUCUUGGCUACCGACCGGGCUAUCUUGGAAGAUCCGAAAUAUGAGGAGGAGGUUUCCGGCUGUACGGCGGCGUCCGAGGAAUUGAACACGAACUGGACCGCAGUCUCGCCAUGUCUAACUGGAUACAAGGCCAAUGCUGGUGAUUCACGAUCGGUCCUAGGUGUCAAGGGUCGCGCGAAACCCCUUUCGUUUGAUCACAAGCCGCAGAAUGAAGGCGAGAAGGCCCGUAUCAGCGCUGCAGGUGGCUUUGUCGAUUUUGGCCGUGUGAAUGGCAACCUAGCCCUUUCGCGAGCCAUUGGUGAUUUCGAAUUUAAGAAGAGCCCCGAGCUGUCGCCUGAACAGCAGAUUGUAACCGCAUACCCAGAUGUGACGGUCCACGAACUUAGUGACGAUGAUGAAUUCCUAGUCAUUGCUUGUGACGGCAUCUGGGACUGCCAGACCUCUCAGGCUGUGGUCGAAUUCGUUCGCCGUGGUAUUGCAGCGAAACAAGACCUUUACCGGAUCUGUGAAAACAUGAUGGACAACUGCUUGGCUUCGAACAGCGAAACCGGCGGUGUGGGUUGCGACAACAUGACCAUGACCAUCAUUGGACUCCUGAACGGUAGAACCAAGGAGGAGUGGUACAAUCAGAUCGCUGAGAGGGUGGCCAAUGGUGACGGCCCUUCUGAAUUCCGUGGCCCCGGUAUCCGUAAUCAGUUCGAAGAGAACCCGGAUGACUAUGAGGUGGAUAAUGAUCGUGCCCGUGGCUUUAGCGUGCGUUCUGGUCGCAUAAUUCUCUUAGGCGACGGCACAGAAUUAAUCCCUGAACAGAACGACGAGGAGCUCUUUGACCAGACUGAGGAAGACCGGGAUUUGCCCCGUCAGGCACAGCAUGAAUCUCCCGAUUCGGCUAGAAAGGAACGUGAAGGAACCCCGGGGCCGCAGUCUAGGGCCGACGCCCCCAAGUCUGAUGAGGCAUCUGCCAGUAUAUCUGAGACCCCCUCAACCGCCGCGAAGAGCGCUUCCGGUGGCAGCUCGGAAAGCACGGAACAAUCUACGACUUCGUAG